ACCAAAUGAUGAAGGCUUCACAAGCGAAACCAUGUGAAGGCUAUGAAUAGAGGUGCGUGAGCUUGACCAUACGUAUGUCUACUUAGCUUUUUAAAUCUUCAUUCUUCCUUUGGUAUAAUGAACGUGGUGUAUGAGUUCUGCUGGAAUAGAAAACAAAACUGAAGAACUGGGAAACCUGACAGCGCUCAGCUAAAAUUAUGAUGGAGACAGAGUAUUCCAAGAGAGUAUACCAAGGUGUCAGAGUCAAGCACACAGUCAAAGACCUACUUGCAGAGAAGCGAUUACGACAAACAAAUGCACCCCGAUUCAGUACGAGCAGCAGUUCCUCUCAGCCAACUUUUGUGCCAAUGCCUGGGUCGCAUAUGCUUCCUGGUUACUACAGUAUGCGAAGAUCCUUCCUCCCAGACUCAGAGCUCUGCCAUCCCAUGAAGCAGUACUCACCAGACACUUACUCUUCAGCGCUGGGAAGCAAGGGCUUCUCAUACGACCACCCCUCCUCUUACCCUUCCUUCAUUGACAGCUACUACACUCCUGAUUCAUAUGGAGAUUACAGAGGGCCAACAUCUUAUACCACCAGCGGAGGGUCACUGUUUCCACCAACACUACUACCAAGUCUGUCUGGAGAGACAUCGUCACACUUGCAUUUGAGAGACCCCUGGGAUCAGCCAUCGGAAGACCCGGUCAGUCAGUCAGAAGUCAUAUGUCCUGAGGGUCCAGCCUCCGUGGCAGACUCACCAUCCCUAGGAGGGCCUGACUCUGGGAGUUCCUCUCCAUACCGUCUAUCCUCUGGACGCAGUGGAAGCUCCAUCCCAUCCAGCUCUCAGAAUUAUACCCUACAACCCUUGGAAGACGUCCCAUACCCAGCACCAUCCUACACCUCUGCUUCCAGCUACUCCUGCCCACCGUACAUGACAACAACUGGAGAUCUGGCUGUGGUGAAGAUGACGCCUGUCACCUCAGAGGAGGCUGGUGGUGGAGUGGUGUCUCUCAGUGACACUACAUCCUGGGCUAAAGAUGAUGGAACUGGCUCCUGGUUGUCAUAUGAGACUAGGAGGGCUUUUUAAGAGGCUCAAAUGACAAUACAAAGACUGUGGACUGAUCAUUUGCAAUGACACAGUCUCUUUAUUCUUAUAGAUAAGGAGAUCAUAAAGAUGACCUCCUCAAGAAAUGCUGGUCACAAUAUACAAAUUUAAACUGUUUACAUUGCUUAAUGACACAGCAAAAAUAUGUGUUAAUAGGUUAGUUAAUUCAGGGUUUAAUUAUGCAUUUUACAUGCACAAGCGUUCUAGAAUUAAUUAGAAGCAAUGCUCGCCUUUUUUUCUUUUUUCUUUCUAACAUUUUCAAUAAGCCCUCGAUGACUGGUCUCGAAUAUAAUACGCAAAUAAUACCAAAGAACACUCUUUAAACAACAACCAUGUUAAACUUCUGUCAGGAAUGGCAAUAUAAAAAAAUAAACUUGUUUUGGUUUGAAUAAAGUGUGUUAUCUUUAUAGAACAGAAAAGAAUAGCUGUUCUAAAGAAGCCAACGACCGCUGUUGUCAGGACGCCACUGCAUUGUUAAGUUAAGGCCCCCUUAGUGACAGGAGUGAUUGAGGAAACAAACACAUCGCCUGUUCAAAUAUAACUCACUUCAGUAAAGUAAUCUCUUUUAAGUCAUACAUUUAUCAUGCAAUUAAAUGCCCAACUAAUAAACAAAAUAUGAAUGUAUAUUUAAAAAUGUACAAGUCAAAAUAAGUUAUUUACUUUUGUCCUAACUUUUAUAAGGGCGUCUAUUUGUGAGCCACAGCGUUGCUAGGCGCUUUUUGUUUUUGUUCGUCUGGACAGCAGCGCGCGUCAAACUUUCUGAAGUUUGUCUUACAUUUCUUAUGUUAUCAUAUUGCGUUUUCAGAUGAAAGUUACUUGUACUAGUCUUAAAGCCAACUUUAGCUUCGGUAGUAUGACUCGUUAGGUAGACGUUGUUUCGCAGUAGUCGUAAGGCUCAAAUGUUCUCA